CUGCUAAGAAGAGCAUUAUCUUGGUCUUCGGGUCUUCCUUGUUGAUACAGGGUCACUGACUGUUCCGGCUUUCAAUAUUGCCAGACAAUCAUCGCUGUGUGUUGCCUAGCAACAAAGUUGUUGAGCUACUACUCCCAAGGACAGCAUUGAAAAGCGGGGGGAAAAAAUAAUUAAAUAAUUAAAAUUAUUUGUACAUUAUUUUUUAUUUUUUUAGGUUAAAUAUUACGCUGUAAAAAUUGGUGGAAAUAUAUUUUAUAACUAAAUAGGAGCACUAUUAUUUUAAAGCGACAGUAACCCAUACAGACUGUCUACUUGAAUGCAGUGCUUAUGCUCAUGCCCAGAUACGUAGGCAGUGACUUCAUACUCAUUUUUCAGCGCACGUCCAGUGGCCGUCGCUCCUCUAUAAGAAUGGAUAUAUCUCCAAGAAAACGAAUACGCUUUUACCAUCUAUUUGAGCUGUAAAACCUUUUAAAAUUAACACAUGGCACAGAAUAUCGUGUUUGUCCGUGGACUGCUCCGGUUCGGAUGAUAAUAGGGGUUUCUUUUCGAAGCCGCGGUGCGUUCAAUGACCAUCAUAUUGCUUUAAAAUGAAGAUGGGCUGUAUGAAAUGAUGGGGAGGCUCGUGAGGAUGUACGCACGAUCGACUUAACAUGCACUCUACCAAGGUGGCAGACAUGGCAGAGGCAGAAGAUCCUGUGAUCAUCAACCUUUGUAGAAGAAGAAUGUUGACUUUGAAGACAUUGGGAGUUUUAUAAAACGCGGAUUAUAAAAUGAACGCCACUGUUACCCCACCGGACCUGCUGGAUGUGCCGCGACAGCAGAACUUCAGCAGCAACCUGGGCGCGCAGAGUCCAUCGGGCUGGGCCGUGAUCCACACCGCCACCUUGACCUUCUGCUCUCUCCUCCUCGUCUUCAUCUUCCUCCUGGGCUCUUACGGCAACCUCGUGGUGUUCCUGUCCUUCUUCGACCCCAUGUUCCGCAAAUUCCGCACCAACUUCGACUUCAUGAUCCUCAACCUGUCCUUCUGCGACUUGUUUAUCUGCUGUGUGACCGCUCCCAUGUUUGCCCUGGUGCUCUUCCUGGACGCGGGCGGAGGGGACGGUGUGUCCAAGAGUUUCUGCUUUGCGUUCCACCUGACCAGCUCGGGCUUCAUCAUCAUGUCGCUGGAGACGGUGGCGGUCAUCGCUCUGCACAGGCUGCGCAUGGUUUUGGGGCAGCAGCCCAACCGCACCGCCUCUUUCCCUUGCACGCUGGCCCUCACCGCCCUGCUGUGGACUUCCAGCUUCACCCUGGCCGCCCUGCUAACCAUGCGAGCGUACCCCCGCAGAGACGGACCGUGCUUGCCCCACUUUGGUUUUGGAGGGGGAAAGGCCCGGGUCGUGUUGUACGUCUACCUGGCAGACUUUGCUUUCUGUGUCGCCGUGGUGUCUGUAUCCUAUCUUAUGAUUGCGCAGACGCUAAGGAAGAACGCACAAGUAAGAAAAUGUCCAGUAAUCAGCGUAGAUGCCACUUGCCCGCCACCUCCACCGCCUCUCCUCGCAGCGGGCUUCGAGAACAUGCAGUGUGCUGUUCCUGCCCCGCCUCUGUACCGCAACCAGACUUACAACAAACUGCAGAACGUUCAGAUACACUCGUAUGCCAACAAAACCAGCCAGCCUCUUGUUCCCGGCGCUGCACAAGGAGCCACUUGCUGUCAGCUCGUCUCCACGGUCAACCUGGCCACCGCCAAAGACUCCAAGGCGGUCGUCACGUGCGUGGUGAUCGUGUUCUCGGUGCUGCUGUGCUGCUUGCCGAUGGGAGUCUCUCUGGCGCAGGACGUCUUGUCGCCGGAGAGCAGCUUUGCGCAUUACCAGAUUGAACUGUGCGGCUUUGUGCUGAUUUUCCUCAAGUCGGGAAUCAAUCCCUUUGUGUACUCGCGCAACAGCGCGGGCCUCCGCCGCCGCGUGCUGUGCUGCGUGCAGUGGGCCGCUCUGGGCUUCCUCUGCUGCAAAAACAAGACUCGCCUGCAUGCGAUGGGGAAGGGCAGCUUGGAAGUCAACCGCAAUAAAUCCUCCCACCACGAGACCAACUCGGCCUAUGUGCUGUCGCCUAAGCCGCAGAGGAGGCUGGUGGACCAGGCGUGCGGACCCAGUCACUCCAGGGAUUGUGUGGGGAGUCCAAAGGCCACAGGUGCUCGCAAGCCCCGCCCUCCGAGCACCUCAACGCCCAUCAACACGCGCAUCGAGCCCUACUACAGUAUAUACAACAGCAGCCCCUCUGCGGGGCCCAGCUCGCCCACCAGCCUGCAGCCCGUGAGCUCUCAGACGUUCGCGUUUGCCAAGUCGUACGUAGCGAUGCACUACCACACUCAUCAAGACGCACUGCAAGACUUUGAGAGCAGCUCAGUGCACCAGAUUCCUAUUCCCUCGGUCUGAUUAAAGAACUGCUAAAUCAGAAAGGUUUGGACCAUAAGUCGAAAAGAGGAACAUGACAACAACCCAUUUGAUGUGUUUGGAAAUCUGUAUUAACCCUUUGUUCUCUUCGGCAGUGGAAAUACUUGUCACGUUUUCUUGAGUGGGGAAAUUUCAGUAUCAGAAUUACAAGCCUUGCCAUGGAAACCAAGCAAUAGAUUUGUCAUGAAAGUGUCUCAAAAAUGUUAUUUGCUGUUAAUGAACAGGCCGUGUUCCCAAAGUGGCCGUGUUCUUCUUAUAGCACAGUCAGGGCUGGAAGUUCAAAUGCUGUAUUAAUGUCAUACUGAGUCCUAUACAGGUAGUGUAGGCUACAUGACAAAUCAAAUCAUUCAAAAUCUUCUAUAUUGAUCGACAAAUGAGAAGACAGUGGGACAACAGGCCAUAUUUUGAAUUAAAUCAACAUAUUUGAUGACCUAUGAACUACCAUAGACAA